AUGAAUAUCACGGGCCCUAUUGAAUUGCCAAUAUUUGAUGCAGAGGAGGAUGAGGCGACAAGGAGUCUUAUUAAGCUCACCGCCAACAUAGCCUGGGGCAUAGCGAUGGCCAUUGGAAUCCCGGGAAAUCUUUUUGUCCUCUUCGCCAUCCUUUAUUUCAGGGACAUGCACACAAUAUCCAACGUCUACAUUUUCAACUUGGCCCUGGCGGACUUGCUUUUUCUUGCCGGGACCCCGAUUUUGAUCGUGCAGUCCCUGCAGCAGUCGUGGACGUUCGGGACGGCGGUGUGCAAGAUGUACAUCAUAGGAAAUGGGAUUUCACAAUUUGCCUCCCCUGCGUUUAUUGCCGUUCUCUCGCUCGACAGAUUUAUGGCGGUGUGCAGACCUGUGACUUCAGAAUGGAGAACAAGCAGGAUGGCACUGCUCGCAUCCGGGCUCGCCUGGCUUACGGUAGUCCUGGAGAUGACGCCGCUUUUGCUGUUUGCAAAGGUUAUCACAGGACCGGAUCAGCGAAGUACCUGUAUGCUUUUCUGGGGAGACGAAAGCAUCUUCACAAAACUCAGCGCCCCGGCCACAGAAGAUGACAAUCCAGAAAUGUACGAAAAUAUCAUGGAGAUGCAGCGACAAACGAUGUACUCCAGAAGAUUCUUUACUACCUAUACCUUUGCCUUAAGUUAUAUGCUGCCAUUGAUUGCCGUUUGGUACUUCUAUGCUAAUAUUAUUGCAAAACUCUGGGCAAGGAGAAGGAACCUUUGGUCCAGGAAGGAGAAUAUAAAGCGAACGACGACGAAGGUGACAAUCCUCGGACUCGCUAUCGUAAUUUCCUAUACCCUAUGUUUUUUGCCAUUCUGGGCCCAUACCUGGUCGAUGGAGAUGAUGCUCGAGUGGACAAACAAUCAAAACCUGCGUCUUGCCGUCUCGUAUGCAGCCUUUGCACUUCAGUACCUCAACUCGGCGAUAAACCCGUUCCUCUAUGUAUUUUUGUCGGAUGCGUUUAGGAAAAAUAUCCUAAGCAUGCUUCGAACCGGUAACCCAGCUGUGGCCUACGCUAAACGACCAUCCAUGAACUCGACGAAAGAGGAUGAAGCGGCACGCCUCGUCCGAGUCGUCGACCCCUCCUCUCGAACACCA